AUGCUCGUUGUGCUGCUCGCGGCAGCGUCGGGCAAUCCGGCCGUCGUCGCCGCCGCAUCACCGUUGGCGGCUCCGGCGAGGGCGCACCGUGCGCUCGCGCCGACUCUCGACUGCAACGGGGUCCUCGCCGCCGUGCACAAGGCGCUGAACGGGAAGGACUGGACAAAGGAAGUGAACGGACGGUUCGUUGGGUACGACGUCGGAUGGCAGUGGCCCGACCCUUCGAUCGAUUGCUGCAAUAAGGAGUUUGUCAGGUGCAACAAAACAACACACGAGGUCGCGGAGCUGGAUCUGCGGCACAUCGGCAGGCUCAAGGGCACUCUCCCAGUCCAGCUCGGCCAGCUCACCUCGCUCGAGUACCUCGACCUCAAAGGCACCCUCGGCGUCACCGGCACUCUGCCGCCCGAGCUCUUUGGCAGCAAGAUGAGCGAGCUGAUCGCGGUCGACAGCACGCGCAUGUCGGGGACGAUAAUGGAUUCGGUCUCGCGGCUGGGGAGGCUGAAGACGCUCGAGCUCGACGACAACUCGUUCUCCGGCACCGUCCCGCCCUCCCUCUCGAGGCUGAGCGAGCUCCAGGCGCGAGAGAUCUGGAGAGGCGUCAGCGGGGCUGUGGCGGAUGCCAUCGGCCAGCGGCUGCGCCGUCUGUCGAAAACCGGUCCUUCCGGCGACGGAAGCGAGCGUAUCGCCACACGCGUGGCGACGAUGGAGCCAAACCACCGCACGGUAGAAAUCGCCCGCAUGCUUGCCGGCGCUUCGGUGACCGAUGAGGAAAGGGCUGCUGCCGUCCGCCUGCUUGCCGCCAAGGAUUAA